AAGGGUUGAACAGGCACAAUAGAAGAAACAACCAAUCAAAGAGGAAUUAGAGUUGAAGAAAGAGGGAUGGCACAGUCGCACUCCAUUGAGAUUGCUUCAAUAGAUGACCAAAUUCCACUGCUUCCUCAAACUAAAAAAGAAGAGGUUCUUCUCUCUACUGUAAUUAGUUUUUUAUUUCAUCAGCCCACUUUUCUUUUGGCAAUUAAAUAUAAAGAUCAUAAUACCUAAACUAAACAUACUCAUAUGAUUAAAAUUAUGAACAAUUAAUUGAUAUCAUCUAUAUAAUUUCUUUUGUACCCUAUUAAUUUUCAUACUAAGGCAUAAAGCCAUAAAUUUUAAGAGAUUGCGAAAUAUUAUCGAUUACUAGCCAUGAUUUUAAGAGUAGGACAAGAUCAAACCAUUUCAAGUUAGUCUCAUAGAAUCUUAACUCAUGCAUCGAUCAUUACAAUAUUGAUUUUUAUGGAUAUAUUGAACUUUAACAAUCCAAGAGUAACUUCAACAUACGAUAUUAUUUAUCUUCUAAUUAACUAUUUUAUAAAAGGCAAAAUGUCUAGAUAUACAUGGUCCAAUGUAACUAUUAGUUUGAUACUUAAAUUUACCAAGUGAUCUUCACAAAUUUACCAAGUGAUCUUCACACUUCAACUUAGCACAAAUGUCUCGUGAACACUCUGAUCUAUCAUAUUUCAUUCAUACUGCUCCUCUCUCAGUCUUCUCAAUUUUUAGUCCUUCAUCUCUACACCCACCAUGACAACAACAGCACGAGGCUUGUCUUGUUCUUGCCUCACUAUCCACAUGAAGGAAUGGUUCUCAAUAUAAGCAUAAGAAAGUUCAUUUCUCCCACCAUGGCGGGAGAACUUUACUUCCUUAAACUGAAAACACAAUUUACUUUUCCAUCUAUUUGUUUCCUCCAUUUUCCAUUCAAAUUUCAAUUUUCCAUUUACAGAUAGAAGAAGGGAGAAUGGUGGAUCAUUUGAUCAAGAUAAAAGAAACAAAUGGUCAAGAUCCAUCAGGGUAGCAAACAAAUGAAUCUGCAAAUCAAAUCUGUGAUAAAAUGUUUGCCCAUUUAGACAAUUUAUCUAUCAAAUCACGUACGAUAUUCAAAGUAAAUGUGGGGCUAAGUGAAUCAAAUCCAGAUGCUUAUACGCCAAAGAUGGUCUCUAUUGGUCCUUACCAUAGGAAAAAUCCUCAACUUUGGCAAAUGGAAAAGUACAAAGUAUUGUACCUACAAAGGUUUCUUAAACGGAAAAAGGAGCUUGAUGUAGAAAGUUGCAUCAGUGAACUAAUGAAAUUGAAAGAGGAAGCACUAAAGUGUUAUGAUGAUAUAGAAGACUAUGAUAAUGACAUGAAGGAUAUUUCGUUUCCUGGCAGUAUAAAAAAGCUCAAUGAUUACAUGAGUGGCAUUGCUGAUCAAUUCUUGCAAAUGUUGUUGCUUGAUGGUUGUUUUGUGGUUGAGUUCAUUCGAGAGCUAAGUGGAAGAUAUCCAAUAGGAGAAGAAACAAUUAUCAAUACUAGUGUUGGUUACAUAUUUGAUCAAGUGACUCGAGACUUGAUGUUACUAGAAAAUCAACUUCCCUUCUUUAUCCUCGACAAGCUUCAUCACAUGACAAAGCAAGAUAAUGAGUUACCAUUUGCAAUAAUGGCAAAAUAUUGCUUUCCUAUUAACUUGCCAAAAACGACUCAUCUAGCACUUCUAAAGCUAUAUUAUAAUGCAAAUGCAGGAAAUAUCAAACAUUUACUUCAUCUAAUACACAUGUCAUGGCAUCUUGUGAAUCCUAACACAUAUCCCGGAAAGAAAAGCUUAUGCUGCAAUCCUUUGCAAAUAUUUAGGUCGAAAGAAGAGCCGAAAGAUAAGGAUAACAAGGUCAUGCCAAAUGCAACAGAGCUUUCCGGAGCUGGAGUUAACUUCACAAAUUUCGGAAAUAUUUAUGGCUCGUAUGACAAAGAAGGUAUUUUGUAUACAAGUUUAUUAGAGGAUAUUUUGGAUACAAGUUAUUUUGAUAUAAAGUUCGAGAAUGGACUGAUGAAAAUCCCUUGCCUUGAUAUCUUUGAUAGUACCGAGUCCAAUCUGAGAAAUCUCAUUACUUUUGAACAACAAUAUGAUGUACAUCAUAAAUAUUUCAGUGAUUUUACGGCUCUCAUGGAUUAUCUUAUCGACUCAGAAAAAGAUGUGAGUUUGCUUCGCCAGAAAGUAAUCAUUGUUAACGAGAUAGGAGAGGACAAAGAAGUCACUAGAAUCUUCAAUACAAUUGGAAAAGGGGUUAGAACUUCACACGGCUUUAAAUACAAAGAAGGAUACAGAAAAAUACUUCAACAUUGUGAUAAACCAUGGAACAGAAUGCAUGCAAGUUUGAUCCAUAAUCACUUUAGUAGUCCUUGGGUAGGAGCUUCGACUGUGGCAGCUAUUAUACUCCUCAUACUCACAACUAUACAAACUAUUCUAGCAUUCACUGGUGGCGUUAAGUAGCUAGUAAUUGUUUUUAUUAUCAUAAUGGUCUGAAGAUCUCAAUUGUAGUGCUUCUUUACAACUCCAUGCAUGUAAUUUGCAUGUGUGUUGAUGAGCUAAGGAGCAUUUCAUUAAUUCUAUUUCCCCCUUCUGUAUGUAUUGGGCUUGUAGUUGAAUGCUUAUUAGUUUAUUUCAAGUAUUUAUUGACCUUGAGGUUUAUUAACUGUGUUGAUUUUUUAAGUGGUUUAUUUUAUUAUUAAGGAAUUAUAACUGAA